AUGGAAAAUUUUGGAUUGGAUGUUAACAAAAAUCAAUCAUGGGGAUCUUCCAAAAAAGAAAACAAGGAUAGCAAAAAGAUAAAGAAUUGGGAAGGAGUUGAAAUCAAGAUCACUCCAGAAGAAG